UUCCACUCGUUAGGAGGAAAGGAAGAACGCGUGUUAACAUCCCUACAAAUUCUAAUUCCGACCCAAACAGAAACCGGUGUAAUGUGCGGCGUUGAGCUGCUGUGGUUGUCGGUCUAUGAGCGGAUUAACGCCACGGCUCAAGAUGUUUUACAGCAAAUGGAAACGGGAGAAAAAGCGGCGGAAAUCUGGACGCUGAGAGCUCUGCUCACCGAAAGGCUAACAGCGGCUGCGGGGGAGAUUGUAGCUCUUUUUAAGAAAACUGUGGUGGAUUAUGAAGAUAAACUGCAGCGGUCGGAGCGGGAAAUCCGCCGCCAGAAGAGACUGCUUGAUACUUUACUAAACCCCGAAGUCAGGUUGCAGAGAGCGGAUUUUUCGCCUUCAGGAGCACCAUCACCUGCAGCUAACGAGCUAUCCAGACACAAUUCCGGUCACCUUCAAAAUAAAAGCCCUGCCAGCUUGAGCGAAGAGGUGACAGACCAUGAAGUGGAUACCGCAUAUAAUGAGUCUCAGCUGAAUGUGAACGACUCAAACCUCCAGCCUGCAGCUGAUCCAAAUCUGUUCUAUUUUGAAAAUGACUUCAGUGAUAUUUCCCUCCCAUUAGUGCCUUGCCCCACUCAGCUGACCUACCUCCCACCUGUCUCUACGACCAGUGGAGAAGAUGAAGACGAACAGUGCCAGGCUUCCAAAUCUAGGAAAAGAAAGAAGAAAGGUCGCCCAGUUGGAUCUGAAUCGCUCCAGAGUUUUGCUCAGAACGACUCAAACGUCCAGCCUGCAGACCUGAAUCAGUCCCACUCUGAAAAGGACGUUGGCGAUGCUUCCUGCACACAAGCACCGGCCUCCCCCUCGCUGUCCUCCGACCCACCUCCCUCCGAAGGCAGUAGAGAUGAUUCAGAUAAAGACUGGAGCGAGCACAGUCAGACUCCCAAAUCUAGGAAAACAAAGAAGAGAGGUCGUCCAGUUGGAUCUGGUGAGAAAAAAAAGAGAGGACGACCUUUCGGAUCUUUAGGAAAGAAGAAGAGAGACCUGCUGGCGCUCGGAUCUUUAGAAGUUGUGAAGAAACGGAAGCGCUCAAAGCCAGAUCAGAGCUACAGCUGCUACACGUGUGGACGCCUUUCUCCUGGGAAAGGCUUCCUGCUCCAACACGUCCUAAAGGUCUGUUUCAGCAACCCGGACAGCCGCUGUGGCUUCUGUGGGGAGGUUUUAGACUCUGCUGAAAGCCUGGCGGCUCACCUGCAGGCUCACCAAGAAAACAGCAAAAAGUGCUCCUUCUGCGGGAAAAUCUUCACCUCCAUCAUGGCGCAGGAGCAGCACGCUCGUCUGCACACCGGAGAAAAACCGUUUAGCUGUGCUGAAUGUGGUAAAAAGUUCAGUCAGAAAGGCAACCUGACGUCUCACCUACAGGUGCACGCUUCAGAGAAACCUUUCAGAUGUAAAGAGUGCCCUCGUGCCUUCUGUCACAGGAGCUCAUUAGAGCGCCACACAGGACUGCACACACACAAGGUCGUCCACACCUGCAGCGUGUGUAAUAAAGAGUUUAGUAAGAAGAUCAUCCUGAGGAAACACAUGAAGGUCCAUCAAACAGAGAUGGUUGGCAAUGAGAUGUUGGUGAAGGAAUCGUCGUCAUGCUCCUGCAAAGUCUGCGGGGAAUCCUUUACCCAUGAGAUACUCUUCAUUAAGCACAAAGGGACUCAUGAGCAUGAUCGGAACGGCUCCAAAGAAAGUCUUGUCCCUCCACUGCAGUCCCAUCAUGAAUCGCUCCAGAGUUUUGCUCAGAACGACUCAAACGUCCAGCCUGCAGACCUGAAUCAGUCCCACUCUGAAAAGGACGUUGGCGAUGCUUCCUGCACACAAACACCGGCCUCCCCCUCGCUGUCCUCCGACCCACCUCCCUCCGAAGGCAGUAGAGACGAUUCAGAUAAAGACUGGAGCGAGCACAGUCAGACUCCCAAAUCUAGGAAAACAAAGAAGAGAGGUCGCCCAGUUGGAUCUGGUGAGAAAAAAAAGAGAGGACGACCUGUCGGAUCUUUAGGAAAGAAGAAGAGAGACCUGCUGGCUCUUGGGUCUUUAGAAGUUGUGAAGAAACGGAAGCGCUCAAAGCCAGAUCAGAGCUACAGCUGCUUCACGUGUGGACGCCUUUCACCUGGGAAAGGCUUCCUGCUCCAACACGUCCUAAAGGUCUGUUUCAGCAACCCGGACAGCCGCUGUGGCUUCUGUGGGGAGGUUUUAGACUCUGCUGAAAGCCUGGCGGCUCACCUGCAGGCUCACCAAGAAAACAGCAAAAAGUGCUCCUUCUGCGGGAAAACCUUCACCUCCAUCAUGGCGCAGGAGCAGCACGCUCGUCUGCACACCGGAGAAAAACCUUUCAGCUGUGCUGAAUGUGGUAAAAAGUUCACUCAGAAAAGUAGCCUGGUGUCUCACUUAAAGGUGCACGCUCCAGAGAAACCUUUCAGAUGUAAAGAGUGCCCCAGCGCCUUCUGGCAGAUGACCUCGUUAGAGCGCCACAUGAAGCAGCACACAGAUAAUUUGGUCCACACCUGCAGUGUGUGCAAUGAGGAAUUUAGUAUGAAAAUCAACCUGAGGAAACACAUGAAGGUCCAUCAGGCAGAAGACACUCAAAAUACAAAGAAACCACCAACAAAUUGUUGCAAGGUGUGCGGGGAGGCAUUUGUAAAAAAGGCAAACUUAACGAAACAUGCGAGGACUCAUGUAGAGGAUCCAAACUGCUGCUGUGCAGUUUGUGGACAUGAGUACGACUCUGUAGACAGCCUCUCUGCUCACCUGGACUCCCACAAAUACAACGGCAAGACCUGCGAAGUCUGCGGGAAACACUUCCCGUUUCUCUCAGAGCUGCUGCUGCAUUUGAGGAUCCAUUCUGAAGAAAGGCCUUUUACCUGCAGCACCUGUGGAAAGAAAUUCAAGCUACGCGGCAUUCUGCGGACACACCUGAAGAUCCACACGGGCGAACGAGCGUUCUCCUGCAGAAUCUGUGGGAAGAGCUUCAUCCAGAAAGUGGCCCUGAACACUCACAUGCGCUUCCACAACAAGGAGAGGUGCUUCCUGUGUCAGGUGUGUGGGAAAGGCUUCAUGCAGAGCGAGGACCUGAGGAGACACAUCCUGAUUCACACAGGAGAGAAACCCUACAUCUGCAAGGUCUGUGGAAAGUGCUUCCAGGCCCGACGAUCUCUCAACCUACACGAUAAAACUCACAAAUCAGAGGUGGAGGGCGCUGGACCAGAGCGUAUUAACAACUCAGAGGUUCCAGGGAUGGAGGGCUUCCCUUCAGUGUACCUGCAGCUGUAGAUGAGGACUUGAGCCUCCUCUAAAGUUCAGCUUCACAAUUUGGUUGUCACCUUUUUUCAUUUCGUCUUUCUCACUGAAGUGUUCACAGAAUUUAAAACUAAGAAUUAAAAAGAAGCGCUAGAUGUGUUUUCAAAAGCCAACAUUUAUCGAUGAUGCUCAAGAUAAUAAUAAUAAUAAUAAUAAUAAUAAUGCAUUGAACUUAUAUAGCGCUUUUCUAGACACCCAAAGACGCUUUCACACACUCCUACAUUCACACACUGCUUGUAGCCACAACCGCCCUGGGGAGGUCUGACAGAGGCGAGGCUGCCAUUUGGCGCCGUCGGCCCCUCUGACACCCACUAACACAGGCAAGUUGGGUGAAGUGUCUUGCCCAAGGACACAACAGCAGAAUACUCCUGGCGGGAGCUGGAAUCGAACCCAUGACCCUCCGAUCAUGAGGCAACCCGCUCUACCACCUGAGCUACUGCUGCCCCAGAGACUGAAGAUGAUGACAGACAGCUGACGUUACACAGGCCGAUACACCGUACUGCAUCAUUUUCUUGUUUAAUAAUGUUUACUAUUGAUGAUUAAUAUUCCAGUUUAAUAAAAAGUUGAUGAUC